UUAAUCAAAAAAAAUUUACUCAAAUAAAUAUGAUGAAUGCAAUAUCAGUGAAAGCUGGGUAUGAGUUACCCAAAAAAGAAAAGAAAGCUGGGUAUGACAGCAACAAUGGCGUGGUUUCCGGCGGCGCAAGUGUAACCUUCAACGCCGGUGACUUUAAGCUACGUGCUUCUAUGACUGAUGCUACAGUACUCAAUGCUCCAAGCUUAGACGGCUUAGCUUUAGCUAUUGAAAAACCUGGCUCAUUUAUUUUCGACUACAAGGCCCCCGAAAAGGACUUCAGAUUUCAAUUUAUGAACUCAAUUAAGGUUAUGGAGAAGCCAUUGAAUUUGAAGUACAUUCACAAUACGGCCCUUCACAAUAUAGGAGAUGGCAAAACAAUAUUGGAUGGGACAUUAGUGUUUGAUUCUGCAAACAAGGUGUCGGCCAAUCAUGAGCUAGGUUCGAUAGGUUGUAAAUUGAAGUACAGUUAUGUUCAUGGAGGACUCACUACUCUCGAGCCGAGCUAUGAUACGGAACGUAAUUUUUGGGAUUUGGCAGUGUCACAUAAAAUUUAUGGGGAUCAUGUAUGCAAGGCUACAUAUCAAAUGGAGAGUAAUGAUUUGGGGCUUGAAUGGUCGAGGACUUCUAAGCUAGAUGGAUCUUUUAAGGUUUCUGCAUCUCUCUGUUUGGCUGAUAAGAAACUUUCAAAGUUAGCUGCGGAGAGUUCGUGGAACUUUGACAUAUGAUUUUUGCAAUUAUUGACUUCAUAUGAUGGUUGUAUUAACUAGUGAACCUGUUUAGCGUUUCAUGACAACUCAAAAAUUUAUGGUCAACAUUUGCCAGUACAUUAUACUCCAGAACUUUAGAUUUCUUUGUUGUUUUAAUGCCUUGAGUAUUCAACAAUGAUUCACCUGAAAUUGUUCUGCCCCUUCUCCUUUCCUGUUGCA